CGCAUUGCCAGGGGUAAGGGGCGGGGACACGGUGACGAAGGAAGGGUGGGCGGAGACUUGCGUCAGCUGCUGAGUGACCCGAACCGGAUUUGAUCCCAUUCCCUUACAGCCUUCCAAGGAGCUCGGCCCGAGCGGACGACUUGCCUUGCCUAUAUUGUCCGCUUUCUCCUCCGCUCACUCUCACAAUGGCGCUCAGCGAUGACGACGUCAAGAAGCAGGUACUGUGGGUGGGGGGGCCCUGAGGAGAGACCCUCCUUAUCAACCCCAUCGGCCUCUCCCUUCCCUCGCGGCCCUGAGCCCCCUUGGCCGGGCUGUCAUGUGACGCGCGUCCUUUUCUCUAAGCUGUGGAAAAGGGAAUUCAGCGGUUGAAAUGAUUGGGGGGGGGGGGGAGACUUCCAGGGAAAUACCUUUUGCAUCCUGAAAUACACUUUACACCCUGAGAGUCUGAAGAGCUGCUUUGUGGAUGGGUUGAGAGAAUGUGUUAGGGACCUGGGUUUUGCUUUGCUUUUCUGUUCUCAAAUAAUUGCAUCUUGUUUCCUUAUGGUUAAGUGUUCUUUGGAUACCGCCCUUCUAAGAGCUGUAUCUUAGGCAGUGAAACACUGGUUGGACGCGCUUUCCUUGGAGGUUUUUAAGCAGAGGUCGGAUGGCCCUCUGUCAUGUAUGACCUCGUUGAGAUUCCUGCAUUGCAGGGGGGUUGGACUCGGUGACCUGCGAGGUCCCUUCCAACUCUACAAUUCUGUGAUUUUUAAGGGUAACGGGUUGCUUGAUUUUUUUUCUUCAAAAAACCCCCAAAGGUUUAAUAGCGAGCCAGUGUGGUGUAGUGUGCUUGGCCUGUGACCUGGGUUCAAAUCCUCACUCAGGCAUGGAGCUGGUCACGGCCUAACCUACCCUCCUGGGGAUGUCAAAAGGACAAAAUUAGGAGGAGAGAGUCAGGUGUUCCACCUUGAGCUUCUUGGAGGAGAAGGUGGUAUAGAACGGUAAUCAAUAAAACAACUGUAUGGCUUCGUCCUAUGUAUGCUCAGUUUCGGUGUAAACCCUACCCUACUCCUAAAUCCCACUGGGCUCAGUCCACCUUGACUUUCUUCUGAAUCAACAUGCAUAGGCUGAAGCUGUAGAAGUGUACAUGCAUGACACUUUCAACACAAUCCUUGUGAGGUUUUUUCAGAAGCAAGCUUCACUGUGUUCAAUGAAACAUCCUCCUAAACACCUUUCUGAAUAUCUGCCGUGUUAUUUAUGUGCACAGGAAAAUAGUUAAUGCGCUAUAAAAAGGGGAAGAGAUCCACUUUAUAAUCCAGUACCCCUGGCAGUAAGUGACCAGAGCAGGAAGUCCUUUUGUACAUUUACUUGGUAGUAAAUUCCCACUUAGUUCAUUGGGGUUUCUUCUCAAGUAAAUUUGCAUGAGGUUGGGCAGAAUACCUGUUGAAUUUGGGACUUCCAAGUAAAUAUGGUUACGACUGUGCUGCAAUGGGAUUUAACCUUGAAGCUGAAAUUCAUGUGUGUAUUUUUUGUUGAGGGGGGCAUGAGGUAAGAAGAAAAGCUUGUUACAUUAGAAAUGUUCACCACCUCAUAUGCAAGAUUACAUGGUUGUGUUCUCAAUGAAUAAACGUGAAAAGUUAUCCCCUCCCCAGUUCUUUGUGCCCAAACAGAAACACACUGUUGCACACAUUUUGAGGUUUUUGAGAUGUACUGAGAAGGUGCGGAAAGCUACUUUUUAUUACCAUGGUUAUGGUUAUCGCAGCACCAUGUCCUACGUUGUCCUUGAGUAUGUGUCCUUGAACCGAAGUGUUUGCAGUAAAAAUGACUAAGUAUAUCUCAAGCAGUAGAUAGAUGGAAAAUGUUUGCUGUUCACAAACAGCAAACAUUUGUACCCAAAUGUUUGUACCCAUUCCUAUCUUCCUUUUUUUCCAUAUUCACAACUAUCAAUACAUAGUGUUAUUACCAGUGUAAGAUUAAUGGUUUGUUCAUGGAUAGGUUAGAAAUGAGUGAGGAUUUGCUGUGUAGUAGAAGAUGCUCAAUGUGGGGUUGCAAAAUCAUUUGUAAAGUAAAAAUUGGCUGAGUUUGAGGGGAGGGUGACUAUAGGGUGGAAAAGUUGGAUAUAAAUGGAUUUAGACAGGAAGCUAAAGUGUCUUACUAUUGAAUUAGACACAAUAAAGAAAAGACAAAUAUUUGUAUUUUAGCUAUUUUUUAAAUGGGCUUUGAGAGAGUCCAGCUAGAACUUGUAGCCAAGGGUUCUUGCGGCAUUAAUGAUAGACCUUGGGUGCUCACAAGCCAUAAUAUGGUGCCACUGCUACUUGUUACUUGCACUUGUAUACCAAGGGGCACUAAAAACGGGAUUAAAACAUUUCUUUAAAAGACAAGCUUGCUUUGAAGUGUGACUGCUCAGCCAUUGACCACAAAGACAUAUAAAUUCUCUGCUUAUACUGCUUACUUCUGGACUAGAUGCCUAUCAGUAAGACGUGUUUUAUCCCAACAUAAUGGUUUGAUUGUAAACAGAGGAUAUCUUUUGGAACUCUUUUGUAAGAGGGCAGAGGAAUGUUUCAUCUUCAGACUAUGAAACUAGAAACUGGAAAAGCCCAUUAUUAAGACUCACAUUAACUGAUGAAAAUAGGAAGUUCUGGUCCCAGCAACUGAACCUUUGGAGCAUGUGGAACUUUGGGAUUUGUAACAUUUAACUCUAAUUGGUUCGUUGUAGCUUUUUUAAUACCAAAUACCACUUUGAGGGCUUCUGCAGAAAAUUAAUAAUAUUGAUCUUCAGGAGUUAUAUAUAUAUGAAAAAGUCAUUUUCCUGAAGGAACAUUUGCACAAUGGAAUUUUUUGAUAUACAGUGCAUGUGAUUUGGCUGUCCUUUAGAGCUUGUCCUGUUGACUGUAAAUAGUGUCCUUCCUAGUAGAACUGCCCUGAGCUAGGUUUGGGAUGGAAUAUUGUGCUGAACUCUGCAUAGAUCCAGCCAGUGCUGGUAAAACAUUGUCCCCUCACAGCUGACAGGCAGAGUACAUAAGUUUUACUUAGUGUUUAACAUCCAUGAGCUGAGCCUUUCUUCACAUAAGUGACCACUGUAUGCUUCUUACUGUUAUUGAGAGUUUUACUUUGGGAGCAGGUCAAUUUUUUGUUUGAGCCCAGAUACCAGUUCUCCAGUAUCUCCGGAAAAGAGCUUUCCCAUCACCUGAUCUUCCAGCCAGAGAUGUUGGAUAUCGGGACUUCUCCAAUGCCAGGAAAAGGACCAUAGCUCAGUGGUCAUUGUAUCACCACUGCAGACAUACAGAAGUUUACAAACAGUGUUCAAAACUCCCAUUGUUCUAUGCACAUUUUGUGACAUGGAAGUUCAUUAGCACAAACAGUUUCUGAGCUCUGGGUGCAGUACUGUGCCAAAGAUUUCAGAUUAAAACUGCAGUAUGGAAGGAAAGCAGGACCUUUUUCUGCCUCCCCACUUCCAGCUACUCUCCGAAGACUGGAGAAGGGACUCUCUUAUGAAUAUUAGUGGGGUGGGCAGGGGAAGGACUAGACCAUGAGAAAAAUGAACACAGUAUUUUAGCACGCCUAGAAUUUCCAUUAUUGCACCCAUAACCUAGGUUUAAGGUGCCAUUUAGCUCCAAGCUUUCAUAUCUCAGUUUCUAAUGCUGUUUACAUUAUAACACUCCACAACUACUUUAUAUAUAUAUGCUCUGCCACUGAGCUAAGGUCUCUUGCCUGGCAUUGCACACCAAGGAUGAAGAUUGCAUAUUAUCCUACACAUUUGGUAAAACUGCUUAACAUCUUGAAGUAGAAAUCCUCUGGUCCCUUGGAAGUAGAGUGAUAUUAUGAAGUCUUCAUAAUACUAGAGCUCUGAGCCAGCCAAUGAAGCUGAAUGUUGGAAGUUUGAGGGAAGAAAAAAUAAAGCACUUCUUUGCUCAGCACAUAAACUAUGGAACUCAGUCCCACAAGAGGCCGUGAUGCCACCAACUUGAAUGGCUUUAAAAGAGGAUAAACAGAUCCAUGGAGGAUAAAGCUAUUAAUUGUGGCAAUUAAUAAGGGACGCGGGUGGCGCUGUGGGAUAAACCACUGAGCCUAGGGCUUGCCGACCAGAAGGUCAGCGGUUCGAAUGCCCACGAUGGGGUGAGCUCCUGUUGCUUGGUCCCUACUCCUGCCAACCUAGCAGUUUAAAAGCACAUCAAAGUGCAAGUAAAUAAAUAGGUAGCGCUCCGGCAGGAAGGUAAACAACGUUUCCGUGCGCUGCUCUGGUUCGCUAGAAGCAGCUUAGUCAUGCUGGCCACAUGACCCAGAAGCUUUACGCUGGCUCCCUUGGCCAAUAAAGCAAGAUGAGCACUGCAACCCCAGAGUCGGCCAUGACUGAACCUAAUGGUCAGGGGUCCCUUUACCUUUACCGUGGCUGUGUUUCGCCUCCAUUGUCAGGCAGUGCAUAGCCGUUACUGUGAAUUGCGAGUGGACAGAGUGCUGUUGCUCUCUGGUCCUAGUUUGUUUGUUACAGGUAUGUGCAGCCUUUCAUCCAUGGAGCUCAAGGUAGCACAGACACAAUUAUUCUUCUCCCAGUUUUAUCCUCACAACAACCCUGUGAGGUAAGUUAGGAUUUAGGAUGAAAGUCAGUGACUGGUCCAAGGUCACCCAAUGAGCCUUAUGGCCAAGUGGGUAUUUAAACCCCCAUUUCUCAAGUUCUUGUCCAGCACGCUAACCACUACACUACACUGGCUCUCAGGCUUUCAGUGAACAUCUGGCUUGCGACUGUGAGAACAGGAUGCUGGACCAGAUGGGCCAUUGGGCUGACCCAGAUAGGCACUUGUGAUCUGCACACAUUGACCACAAAUCAUCCAGCAGAGAGUUGCACUGAGAUAAAUAGAGAUUGAACGCACCUAACCAUAUACAGCUUUAUCAUCAUAAUCAUCUUUUAUAACAUUUGCACAGGGGUACCCGUCCCAUGUCCCUACACCAUUUGUAUUUUGAAUGUGUUUAACUUCAUAAGGGUUUGAAUAUUUGUCCAUGAGCACAAUGUCCCAUAAUGUACUUACGAAAUCCAAGCUUCAAAAAGAUUUGCAUUUAAAGUUGUCUAUUUCUUUGCUAUCACUAAUCUAGAUGCAGUUAAUAAAUGAAGGAUUAUAUUUUUAUUAAUUGUAUUCUUAAUAUGAGGAGUAAAAUAAGUUAAAGGGCUAGUUUUGGUUUGGGUUGUAGUGGCUGUCCUCUCAUCUGAUUAUUUGAAAGAUUUUCCCCCAAAAGGGAAUAAUUUGUGGGCAAAAACCACCACAUGUAUAUUAGAGAACCAAGGAAAUUUCAUUGCCGCCAGCAGAUUUUGGAUGUAUUGUGGUUAAUUUUAUUAAGUCUCAAAAAAGUGGCAUCAAUCGGGAGGGGGGGAGGACUCACCCCUUCUAUACUACAUGGUAUCCUUUUAUUGACUAUGUUAGGACAGUUGAACGUGGUAUUCACCCUUCAUUGAAACAUGAAGUCCUUCAUUUGACGGCCUACACUGGAACAUUUAAGAUCACAACUAUCAGCUGAUAUUUUUCUUUCUUUCCCAAACAACUGUUAAGCUCUGUAUUCCGUUUGUGGGUAUGUUCUGCUAACUGAAACUAAGAAUUGGCAAACAAUUUUUUAAAAAAUGAGCUUGAACAUUUGGAAGCUCAUUUUUUAGUCUUGGUAGCAAAAAAAAACCCCACUUGUAACACAUAGGUUACAACACAUGGGUGUUGAAAAGCAAAAAUGUUCCUGCAGGCUUUCCUGGAAAAUAUAACUCUCCUUUCUGUUACAGAUCAAGCACAUGAUGGCUUUCAUUGAACAGGAAGCCAACGAGAAGGCAGAAGAAAUAGAUGCUAAGGUAAACAAAAAGUAUCUGUAUCUUUACUGCAUGUGGAACUUCCAUAAAAGAUGUUGGCUUCUUCAGAUAACUAAAAGCUCAUUUGUGGCAAGCUGAAUGUUUGCCUGUCCUCCUGAAAUGUCUCAAUGAGCCCUAUGUGUGGAUGCACAAAACUUUUUAACACUGCAUCACCAACAAAGAAGGUGAGGGGUUAUGGUUGGUGUCUAAAGUGACCAUAAAGCAUGAUCUGUACAUCUGUACUUGGAUGUAAAUCCCACUGAAUUCAGUGGUGCUUCCUGCCAGGUAAGUGUGCAUAGGAUUGCAGCCUAACAUUCCUCUCUAGUUUAGUAGUCUUGAAUACAGAAAUCAGUUUUCAUGUAUACAUACUCUAGCAGUUAGAAUUUAGUAAAAGUUUUAAAAGGGAACGGAAGUGUAGGAUGCUGGGACCAAAUGAAGUUUCAGUUGCUAGUGAAGACAUUCAUUAGCUAUGAGAGCAAUAGAUUUUUCCAAGACGCCCCCAUGUAUAAGACACCCUCUAUUUUGGGGGACUCUGAUUUAAGAAAAUAGGGGGAGAUUUAUCCAUGUAAAAGGCACCCCCAAAUUUUGGACAUUAUGUUUUUUUGGGGGGGGGGACCUAGGCUUAUGCAUGGAAAAAUACGGUAAUUGGAUUUUAUAGUGUUUUGCAAAACACCCUAUUUUAGUAUAAAAAGCAGCAUAUAUACCAGAUGGAGUCUUAUUCUUCCUAACAGGCUGAAGAAGAAUUCAACAUUGAGAAAGGUCGUCUUGUUCAGACACAGAGACUGAAAAUAAUGGAAUACUAUGAAAAGAAAGAAAAACAAAUUGAACAGCAGAAGAAAAUGUAAGUAGUCUGCUGUGACUACUGUUAACUUAUUCUUGGUUGCAAGUAGCCAACAUGGUAUGUAGUCCAACCGGAACUAGAAGAGAGGUAAUUCCACAGACAACAUGUCAUUUCCUGAGGGAAGCGAUGAGACCCUGAAUAAGUUCUCCCCUCCUUAAAUAAAUAAAUAAAAUCCUGAAGGAAGAGUAUGAUGUGUUGAUGAAAAGUACCUCUGUUCCAGCCACCUUAACUUCUGCAUCCACUUGUGUCCCAUCAAAAUGAAUUGCAGUCAUGGUCCUGCUCACUGGUAAAUUGUAAUAAAAAUGCAGUAAGUAGUGGUCUUUAAUGUAAGAAACAAUGUCACUCCAUAUAAAGUGAUCUCAGAUAAAUAGCUGCAUAUUGCUGUUUAAGCAGAGAUUUGUGUGUGAUCAUCUGAGUAAGUCUUGGUGGUGGGUUAAAGAGAUUCCAGAAGUGGACUGACUUUAUGAGAGUUGGGGAAAGGGUGUUUACAAAGAGCUUUACUUUGGGCCUGUCUGGAUCCAAUAUGGGGUAAGCUGAGGGGGAGUGUGUAAUAAAUGACUGCUGGUUAUACUGUCUGAAGCUUAUGGCACUCAGUUCUGUUUUUCCAUCUGACUUGCAGUCAGAUGUCCAACCUGAUGAAUCAGGCAAGACUGAAGGUUCUCAAAGCAAGGGAUGAUCUGAUUGCCGUAAGUAUAUACUUCCCUUUAUAAAAGAAUAUAGAUUCUUGCCAUUUGUCUGACUCACAACUGGUGUUUUUAAAAAAGCAAAACUUUCAGGUUUCUCUCUUGGGGCCUAUUUGAUGUAGAAAAUACUUGGGUUUGGAACUUGUAUGUUGUUGUAGGUCCAUAUAUACUAUAAAUGGAAGGUAAUACUGAUCUUACUUUCUGCUAUACUGGAGGAUAAAUAAGAAGUAAAGGAUGCAUCCUGCUUAUUCUCUGCUUUCAGCCUGCUCAUUGCUCCCCUCCCCCCCAGCUAGCAUUUAACUCUUGCACAAUACAACAGUGUGGGGAAAGAGAAAGUAAUUGUACUCAGUGGCAUGUUAAUGGGGAGGAAUUCCUCCUAAAAUGGUAGAAUGGGUGAGCCUGUUCUAGUUCUUAAGGUUGCACUAUUUCAGGUGGGGGCUUAUGUGAGUUAAUGGUCCUCUGUACAGAGCAACUUCCUGAAUACAGAAAAUUAGCAAGUCAAGGGAAAGUUUCCAUAUUUUCUCCUGAUGCAUUAGUAUUGUUUUUGCUGGAUUCUGAUUUUGUUUGAUGUUUAAUAAGGAACACUUCCAGCAUUGCUUUCUUGCCUAAUUCUGUUUUUAACAGGCAUGACAGUAUAAAACAUAGUUACAAAACAUUCCCAUUCUUUCUGCUGGUUAUUUGGGUUAGAAAUACAUUGGCUUAAAUUAAAAAUGAGCUGGAGGGCUACAGUUAAUGUGUGUGUCACUACAAAAUGCCUUUUGCUCACUCCACUGUUAGGUGAGAGUGGUAUAAUGAUACUCCAUAAACAGAGCUCACUGCAGUAGAAAUUUCAUUGCUUAAUUCCUGUUUCCCGUAACAAUUCAGAAUACUGUAUCACUUUUUAGAGAGAAAGUUGUCCCUUUUUGCAAUUUGACUCUGAUAUAAGAAUUGAUUCUGGCAGGAUGUGCUAACACUUGCUGUACUUGUUGUAGAGAGGUCUGAAGGAAACAGGCUAAGAAACAUGAAUUCUUUCACAAUCAACUCAAACAGCUCAGUCACAUGCUUGUGAUGCAUGAAACGCUCCAACUUCCUCUUUAUAUCACAACUUUAUAUUUGUACUAGAUAAGUGACCAGGGUUGGAAGGAAAUUUCAGGAAUUCAGUCCAAAAUGAAAAACUAUAAUAUAGUGUUGAACUGUAGUAUGACUGAAUAACAGAACCCAGAACGGGUUCUGUAGAAUAAAGUAAAUUGACUGCAGUCUGGGAUAUAUUACAAUGGAAGGGAGCCUUAUUCAAAAUACUGGUAUUGUUAGGUGCAGACCUAGACCCCCCAUGGUGUCCUCAAAUGUCCCCUUUUGCUUGCUUCUAUAUAUGCGGGUGCUGCUCACUUAUAGGGGGGAAAUAAAUCACUAUACUUGGGGACACGAUUUUUGUGCGGAAUUACUUUUCCUCCACCCACGGCAGUGUGGCCUGGUCUCUGUCAGGUUUCUGCAUAUGCGUGUUGGACCAAUGGUUGCACAGUCCUUUAGUCUUUCUAUGAAUCAUAAUGGUCAUUUCACUAGUGACUAUAUAAAAUGGCCCUGUAACAAGUUAAAUGUUCACAGUGGUAGUAAGACUUAAUUUUUCCACCCCAGAUUAUGUUUAAAGGAUUGUCUCUAGAAAGGCUAUUUGUUGCUUGUGUUCUUAAAGCUGAGGGGUGCGUCAAUUACAAUUAAAUGCCUUAACUGAGCCUGUGCAUUGGGAACUGGGGUUGGGGCAGAGGGAGUCUGCCUGAGGUUUGGUGUUUGACUGAAGGACAUGGUGUGAUCUUUUCUAUCCGCAUUUUUCUCUCAUCGUAGGAUUUGCUGAAUGAUGCCAAGCAGAGACUGGCUAAAGUAGUAAAGGAUACUGGCAGGUACCAGAGUCUGUUGGAUGGAUUAGUUCUACAGGUAAACAUAUUCCAUGCUACCUACAGACACUUCCCUAUAAAAUAACUUGCAUCUUUAUGGUCUCCUUUUAGUUGUGGAUAUAGACCUCUUAAAUCUACACUAUCAACUCUCCUUUGUAUUUCUUAGGAUGUUUCCCAGUUAAAUUCGCUACCUCUGGUUUCUCUAAGCUUGAGACAGCACUCCAACACAUAUAUAGUAUGUAAUCUACUAACUCCAAUGCAACAUGAAGUGGUCAAGUUCUUAUCUUCGCUAAAAUUUCUACCUUUGCCACUUGUCUCCCUAAAUGUGCUUGUAUCCCUUAAGUUCAGCAGACAAAGACCACCUCCAUUUCUCCAUUCAGAAUGUUAAACUUCUAAAGCAGAACUUUUUACAUUUUGGGCCGUCAACUCUGGAAGCUGUUACCCUGAGAGGCCUACCCAACCCAAGUUUUGUACUCCUUUUUGGCAAACCUUCCGCAUUAGGCUAAUUAAGUCCAGUAUUGUGUGAAUUUAAAUUAAAUAUGUUUUAAUUGUCCUGGGGUUUGUAAAGGUGUUCAUUAAACUUAAGGGAUUUGUCAACUCGGAUUGUAUAAAUUUUGCAAGCCACAUUAAGCUCUUGUUCUAUUUUUAAAAGGGGUUUUAUCAGUUACUUGAGCCUUCAAUGACUGUCCGAUGCCGGAAACAGGAUCUUCAAUUGGUUAAGGUAAGUUGUGUUUUUUUACUAAAUAGUCAUAAAGUAGUGUCUGGUGGCUGAUAAGCUCCUUGGUGUAAAACCACACAAUAAAUGUAUAGUUAAAGUAGCAGGGGGGUGGGGACAGAACCCAAAUUUGAUCAGAGACGUGGCAUGAGGUAGAUGUGUUAUCCCAUACAGUUUUCCUGGUCUAAAUAACUAUUUUCCCUUCCCUACCUCUUUGGCUCUGCCACUGAGCUGUCACCCCUCCCUCUAUGCACAUCCAGUUUGUGCAGGGCCCUUGUCAACAACGGAUGUAUGCAAUUUAUCUGCAUUGUUCUGCAAACUGAAUGGCACACCCUCAAGGAAGUGCCUGAAUUGCACAUGGAAAGCUGCCUUUCAUGUGCUGAAUGAAACCACCUUGGUCCAUCUAGCUCAGUUCCAAUUCACUAGACUCGCAGUGAAACAACAUGAGUUCUUCAAUUGAAAUCUGAAUGUAAUCCCAUAAGGGACAAAUCAGAGCUUGUGUUCUACCAGUGAUAGGCUUGCCAUAUUUCAAAAUUCAUGACACCCACAAAGUUGUUGAGCUCUUUUCAAAAACCCAUCAAAAUUGUUGAGCUUUUAAUCUUUUGGAGCUGUUUCCACUGCUUUUUCAAUCACCUUGCCAUACAUCCAGGUUUCCCCUGAUAUUUUACCAAUUCAGCAAAAUUCCCCCGAUGUCAUUUUUAUACCCGAAAACCAGGACACGACAGGAAUUUUCCUGAAGUAUGGCAAGCCUAACCAAUGACCUGUGAGGGGCACGAAUUCUUAUGCAACCUGAGAGGCUAAUGAAGUGGUGGUAUUAUUUUGGGACUGUAAAUGGAAUUGAGCAAAUUAUUAUUUUCCUUUGUGAACAUAUAACAUAUAUGUCCAUAUAAAUCCUUUUUCAGGCUGCUGUCCAGAAGAGCAUCCCAGUCUACAAAGCUACCACUAAAAAAGAAGUUGCUGUUCAUAUUGACCAAGAAUCAUUUCUCCCUGAUGACAUGUAAGAAAGAUACAUAACUGAAAAGGGGUUAUUGGUACUACAUAACAUGGUAGAGGCAGAGUGUUAUACAUAGAACUUUCAUGUGGAGAGCAGGGGUUAAAAAUAUAAUAACUUUCUAACAUCUAACGGUAUACAGUGGACCCUCCAGAUACAAACUUAAUUUGUUCCGGGGGUCCUUAUGUACCCCGAAAAGUCCACAACAUUCUGUGUGUGGCGCGAUAGAGCGCUUCUGCAAUGCACGCGCAGCGAAACGCGGAAGUAUACACAUCCGGGUUUGCCGCGUUCACAACUGAAAGUUACGUUACCCGAAGGUAAUGUAACCCAAGAGUCUACUGUAUAAUGGAAAUUAGCACUGUCACAUGCUCAAUAACAUAUACAAUAUAUCAUAAACCUUUCACAUACACCCAGAAAACAGCAGAUCAUCCAGUUGUAGCUCCAAAAGGGAUGGAAUUUGAUAUUUCCUCAUUAUUGUGUUUUUAAAAUGCCAUCUUGUUCUAUCACACCAGACUAAUUGAAGAGCCAGUUCACUCAAAAGCUUCACAGUGCAGCAACAGAUUAGGAUGGGAGGACUACUUCUAGGUCCAAGGCUGGAAUUGUUUAAUAGUCCCCUCCCCCUUGGGCACGUUUAUGCGGAAGUCCCAUUGUACUCUAUGGAAUUUAUUUUCAGGUAAACGUGUUAGUCUUUAUCUUAUGUACACUGUGGAGUAAGUCCUAUAUCUUAAUCUUGCUUCUCUGUAAGAUGAUCAGGAACCUAGGCUUUGUUAGAAACAAAUAUCCAAAUGCCCCUAGCUACAACUGUCAAAGAUCAUUGUAAAACAUGCAGAUUCAUUAAAACUUUUCCUUACAAGUGAAAAUUGUGAGGGAAAUAUUUACCAUGCUCUGAUUUAACUUUGGUACGGACACCCAUGCUCAAGCACAAUUAGUGAGCUAGUGACUCAUGGGCCACAUCCGUCCUCCCAAAGCAAUUUUAUUUGGCCCACUGGUGUUCCACUAAAAUGUAAUCAGGGUGCAGUGCACAUUUUGCUUCAUUUCCUGUUUUAAGUAAAAAUAGCAAUGAAUUUUGUGUGCGUUUCACACAGUAAUUGUAUUGUGUCAUGCAUAGCCUGAAAAGGCAAUGAACUGCUGUCAGCAGAGGAUCUUGCAGAAAGCAAUUAGUUUUUUAACCAACCCUGUUGAUGACUUGGAACUGCCUGAUUACACACAGUCAAACCCAUCAAGCAUUUACUCUUAGACGAUGCUAAAAUUUAUUAAAGAAUCUGAUCCUCUUAUUCUCCAGAUUUGUCUCUGCACAGUGGUUCCAAAAAACCAGAAGUGGCUAUUCUUGCCCAAGCAUGUACAGAAAAAGAUCCUAACAUUUUAAAAAGACUAUGAAGACACACUGUGUAGGGGCACAUGUUGGAUUGAAUAAAUUACAGUUGCAGUGAAAUGUAAGGGUUGGGUAGGUGACAUUGAUUCAUCCCUCUGUCACAUGACUUAAAACAGUAGUUUUCUUGGUUUUGUUUCAUUCAAUCAGACAUUGUUUAUCUUGUUUGUGUCUUCUAGAGCUGGAGGUGUUGAAAUCUAUAACAGUGACAAUAAAAUCAAGGUUUCCAAUACUCUGGAAAGCCGGCUGGAUCUAAUCGCCCAGCAAGUAAGCCUGAGAAAAAUCUUCCAUUUUCUCUCCCGCCCCACCAUCCUUGAACCCCCGAUUUCUUCCAAUCUUAAUAUCCUUGGCAAAUGAUUUGUACACCACUAAUUAUUUUGAUGUGUAUCCCAUCUUUCAAUCCAAUGAUUCUCAAGGCAUCUUACAGUAGUCCCAAGCCCCACACAACUCAGCAGCCUGUAAGCUCCUGGCUGAUGCAUGGGGGGCAGCCCUGGGGCAACUGGUAGUUGAAGAUUUCUGGCAGUGAGAGGGGAAGCAAGCUCCCUGCUCUUUCUCUCUGGCCAUUCAUUGAUGCCACAUCUUUGCCAUCAGGUUCUACCUGGAAGGCAGGGACUACAGUGUCCCAGUGGCCCCCUGGCCAAUAACGAAGGUCAGAAUGUUUCCUUUCAGCUUUUCAGUCCCAGUGCAGCCCAUUGUGGCUACAGGUGCUUGCUCUGAGGUCAUAGACUCAGUUUGAUGGUGCCAGUCCUCAUUACCAGCAUUUUGUUGAAGGAGAGGAUCAUGCAUCAUGGGGAAGGGACUGCUUCCAUUGGUAUUGUGCAGUCUUGCACAGUUUGUGUGAUGUGUCCCUCCAGCCCUUUAUCUUGCCAGUUCAGGGCUGAUGCCUGCGCCUGCAAUAUCGAACAAGGUGCUUGGUGCAUGUUGCAUUCCUGUUCUUCUGUGCCAUCACCAGACACAUUGUAACUGCUUCUCUUUUUUUCCUUCAACAGAUGAUGCCAGACAUUCGAACGGCACUUUUUGGUGCCAACAGCAAUAGGAAGUUCAUGGACUAAAUUUCUUCAAGUAACAGUGGAAAUUAUUCCACUGCCAUAGUGAAGGGAAUGCUGGAGCAUCCCUAAUAAACCAACACCCCUCUUAAAAUGUAAUACUCAGUGCUAUAUUGUGUUGCCCUGUGUAUGUUCUUUGGUUAAGUUAUACUUCUUCUUUUUUUGCAUACCUGCUAUGCUUAGCCUGACUUGAAGAGAGGCUGGAAGACCUCUGUCCACAGAACAGUGGUAUGUAAAACAGAAACUGAGACGUUAAGGUCCCUUGAGACAGAUUCCUUGGGGGUCGGUCUCCGCUUUGACUACUUCCCUCAAAGCAUGUCGCCAACCUGUGUUGUUUAUCCAUGGUUUCCUUAUUUAAAAGCUGUUUGAUAUUACGUUAAAUAGGGGGCAUAUGUUUCUUUUGAGGGCCACUGUAACUUAUGCUAAUUUGGUCAACCCCAGAUUCUUGUUCUGUAUAUGUGGUUUCAAAAAUUAUAUAUAUAUAUAUGUAUACACACACUUGUCUUGUACACAUGCACAGCCUAUACAUCAUUAAAAUAAAAAGGUGUGUGAAA